AUGAGCAUUUCCGACAACCCUCAAAUAUGGAACAAUGCGUCCCUCCGUAUUCGCUUGUACGUGGACGACACAUAUAGAAUGUUGUAUUGCCCUAUCCAUAAGGUUGCUACGGCAAAUUGGAGGCGAGUUUUAAUGGUCUUGGCCGGUGACGUCGAAAACGCAACUGAUGUCGGCAGGGGACACUACAACGAAUACGCUAAGAAACAUCGCCAACUAAAUUCUUUUCGUAAAGACGAGAGAAUCCAUCGUUUGAAAACCUACACGAAGUUUCUUUUUGUUCGACACCCAUUUGAGCGCGUGCUCUCAGCUUACAAGGAUAAAUUUGAGCUAGGCAUUGAGCACAAAGAGUGGCUCUAUCUGGAAACUAUCGCUGCCAAAAUACUGAACUGGAAGAAUCAGACGGUCGUCACAAAUAUAGAAAAGAACCGAAUCCAUAACAUAACGUUCGCGGAUCUAGUGGCAUACAUUGUGCACCAAGCCAACAACACAAGUGUCAACAUGGAUAUGCAUUGGGAACGUAUUCAUAAACUCAGUCUACCUUGCAUGAUGCCGUUCGAUUACAUCGGCAAAUACGAGACGUUGGCGCGAGACGCAAACUACAUACUAGGAAAAACGGGUGCGGAUAAGAUUAUAACUUUUCCACCAGCAAAAAUUAAUAACCACGUGACUAACUCAUCGGUUAUUGGAACCCUGAAAAAAUACAUGUCAACUUUAUCUGACGAACUUCGAGCGGAUUUAAGGCGAGUUUAUGAGUUGGAUUUUGAAAUGUUUGGGUAUGAAUGA